UGAAUGACGUCAAAUUAGAUAUUGGUUUCAAAUGUAUACCAUGCAGUUUGAAAAGCUAAUUUUACAUAAACAUUAUUAAAUUUAAAUUUAUAUUAACAACAACAAUUUGUAUUAACAAAUGUUUGUAAUAAUACUAAUGGUUUAUGGUUUACUACAGCAUGUUGAAGCGUCCAAUGAGAUUGUAGUACCGAAGCUUACAAAGCUUACACACGAAAAAAUUGUUGUUUUAAUAACGGGAAAAAUUAACGUUCAGAUUGUGCUGAAAAAAUACGAUUAUACUUUCACUUAUGGUCCAGCUUCUUUUGAUCAAUGUUUUUUUAAUGGAAACAUAAAUAAUAAUCCGAGAUAUUAUGCUGCCAUGGAUGUUUGCAAUGGUUUAAAUGGAGUAUUCUACUAUCAAGAUAAAACCUUUUACUUGACGCCGCAAAAGAACAAUUCUUUGGGAGAACAUACUCUUGAGGAAAUUAGGAAGAACUUUACGACAAAUUUUUUGAAAAAAUCUUUACAUUGCUCAUUUGACUUUAAACUAUCCAAUUAUAAUAAUUUAACUUAUCAAAACCCAAAAAAUUUAAGGUUAAGAAGAGAUGAAGAACAAUAUACUGAUAAAUACUAUGUAGAAUUGUAUUUUGUAAACGAUUAUAGUGUUUUCAAAUAUCACAAAAGCAACAUUAGCGAAGUCAUUAGAAGAACAAACUUAAUCGCAAGCAUUUUAGAUGCGAAAUAUGCUGUUUUACGAACGCGAAUUAUAGUUGUGGGAAUUGAUGUGUGGAAUGACGGAGAUAAAAUGGAAGUGGUAGAUGAAUCUCUACAAACUAUUCAAAACUUUAUGAAUUAUCGAACAAAAUACAUUCAAGUUAAAAACGACAACGCGCAAUUUAUAACAAAAAAACCAUUGGACAAAGGUUUUACAGCAGGAAAAGCGCCCGUUGGUACGAUCUGUUCUGGAAAAAAUUCUGUUGGUAUAAACCACGAUACUUACGAUAAUCCUGUAUAUAUAUCUAAUGUUGUAGCUCAUGAACUUGGCCACAACCUAGGAAUGGUGCAUGACGAACAUGCUCAAUGUCUGUGCUAUGAUAAUGAGAAAAGUAAUUGCAUUAUGGGGUCAUAUUUAGAUGGAGAUGUAAAAAGCUUCUCAGAGUGCAGCGUUCGUUAUUUUAAUGCAUUUAUAUCAAGCGGUAAAGGAGCAUGUUUGUACGACUACCCUGUUGGCUGGGUUAAACCACCCAUUUGCGGAAAUGGUAUUAUUGAAAAAGGAGAAGAAUGUGAUUGUGGAUCAAGAAAAAAUUGUGCUUUCUUUGGUAAUUGUUGCCAUCCAGAAACCUGUACUUUGUAUAAAAAUGCAACUUGUGCUUCUGGAGGAUGUUGCCAUAAAUGUCAGUUUCAAUCAAGAGGAACAACUUGCCGCAAAAAGAGUAAAGAAUGUGAUCUACCUGAAUACUGCAACGGUGAGUCAGGAACAUGUCCAAAAGACGUUUAUAUUCAAGAUUCCUACAGCUGCGGCGCAGGAAAAGGAUUUUGUAAAAAAGGCGUUUGUUUAACUCACAAACGCCAAUGUGUUGAUUUGUUUGGUGCAAAUGUUUCGUCUGGUGACGCAUAUUGUUACAAGCAACUCAACACCAAAGGAAGCGAUGCUGGACAUUGUGGAGUGAAUUCCGAUAAGUUUGUGCGUUGCAACUAUACUGAUGCGCUAUGUGGGAAAUUGCAAUGCAACAAAAUCAAACAAGAUAAUCUAUUACACCAUCGAUUAGAAUGGUCAGAACUUAACUACACAAGGAAAUGUGAAAGCGUGAAGAAUAACUCCACUAAUAUUUUAAACAACUUAGUCAAAGAUGGUACGCGUUGUGGAAGUGCAAGCAUAUGCAUCAAUUACACAUGUAUAAGUCUACUUAAAUAUCAGAUAAUUUUUAAAAUACCGAAAUGUCCGCUAAAUUGUUCACAUCACGGAAUUUGUAACAGUAAUGGUAAUUGCCAUUGUUAUUCUGGUUGGAAAACUCCGUACUGUGAUAGACCAGGAGAUGGGGGAAGCAUCGAUAGCGGACCUCCUCCAAUAGUAUCAGAUACCAUUAUUAGUAGCAACAUAUUAGACAUAUUGGUGUAUUUGUAUCUGGCAAGCGGAUUAGUAUUUUUCACUAUUGGUCUAUUCUGGCACACUAGGAAUGUUAGAAAAAAAUUAAAGUAUGCUGAGAAGGAAAAAGAUUUUGAAAAAGAAAAACUGUUAAGUUAAGACAAUGCUUAUAAAAAAAACAUCAUUACAACAUUG